CACAAAAGUCAGGAUUGCGCCCAACCGAGUUGACUUCACAACUAUUUUUGCCAUCCUCCUCCUUCCUUCUCUCACGAUCAAAAAACACGACCAAAUUGGAGGAUCGAGGAAACUUCAUAUUAUAGUUUCCUUAAUUUCCUCUAAAAUUUGAGAACAUCAUGGACAUAAUGAUCGGUUCUCAUCUACUCGCAGUUGCAGGGCUUGUAGGAUUGGUGUUAUUGUACAAUCUAUGGAGGGUGAGAAAUGGCACUCACAAACUCAAGAGUAUGUCUGCCCCAGAGCCACCAGGUGCCUGGCCAAUCAUAGGUCACCUUCAUCAGCUACGUGGCGAAAACCCAAUUGCCCGGACCUUGGCUGCCAUGGCUGACAAACAUGGUCCGAUCUUCACCAUCCGGUUUGGAAUGAAACCUUCACUUGUGAUCAGCAACCACGAGGCUGUCAAGGAGUGCUUCACCACAAACGACAGGAUUCUUGCAUCGCGUCCAAGGUCUAGCCAUGGAAAGUACCUUGGAUACAACUACGCAGGAUUUGGAUUUGCCCCGUAUGGGACACUUUGGCGAGAGAUGCGAAAACUUGCCGUUGUAGAACUCCUCUCCACGCGCCGGCUGGAGAUGCUGAAGAGCGUGCAAGUCUCUGAAGUGGACACCUUGAUCAAAGACUUGUACUCCCUUUGCAAUCACAACGACGGCGGCACCGCCACCGCCACGGUGGUGAUCAGUGAGUGGAUUGAGAGGCUGACGCUGAACAUAAUCACCAAAAUGGUUGCUGGGAAGAGAUAUUUCGGCAACGCCAUCAACGGCGAAGAUGAUGGAGAGGCAAAACGGAUAUUCAAAAUCAUAAAAGAAUUCAUGUACGUUUCUGGGGUGCCGGUGGUCUCCGAUCUGAUCCCUCUCUUAGGAUGGGUUGACGUGCAGGGGAGAUUGAAAUCUAUAAAGCGUAUUGCGCGGGAGUUGGAUAGCUUAGCGGGAAGUUGGAUUGAAGAACAUACGAGGAAGAUGGUCAAGAGUGAGAAGCCGGAUUUCAUUGAUGUCUUGCUGUCGGCGAUUGACGACAACUCCGUGUUUGGUUAUACGCGUGACACCAUUAUCAAGGCAACAAUAUUGAAUCUCAUCUUAGCCGGCUCCGAUUCUACAUCAAUUAACCUCACAUGGCUCCUAUCCUUAUUGCUGAACAAUAAACACGCUUUGAAGCGCGCCCAAGAGGAGCUGGAUCUCAAUGUCGGCAGGAAUCGAUGGGUUGAAGAUUAUGAUAUCAAACAUUUGGUUUACCUCCAAGCCAUUAUCAAAGAAUCCCUGCGCUUAUACCCGCCAGGCCCACUAUCCGUUCCCCACGAAGCAAUGGAGGAUUGCAACGUUUGUGGGUAUUUCGUGCCCAAGGGGACUCGUGUGUUCGUCAAUGUGUGGAAGUUGCAUCGGGACCCACGGGUUUGGGAGGACCCGGAUGAGUUUUUGCCGGAUCGGUUUCUCACCAGCCAUGCGAAUAUGGAUGCUUCGGGUCAACAUUUUGAGUUCACGCCGUUCGGGUCGGGUAGACGGUCUUGCCCCGGGUUUACGCUUGCGUUGCAAAUAUCGCAUCUGACGCUGGCUCGGUUGCUUCAGGGAUUUGAGUGGGCGACACCGAUGAACGCGGCGGUGGACAUGGCUGAAGGCUUAGGCAUUACCUUGCCCAAGACGGCUCCCCUGGAAGUUGUCCUCUCUCCACGCCUUUCUUCCAAACUCUACCAAUGUUAGAGAUACGACGGAGAGUAACGCUACCUACUCAUCUCCUAUCUCGUUCUUAUAUUAUUGUCCUGAUAGGACCUUGCCCACGUAAACCCAAUAGUAUAGGAGUAGGAUGAAAGAUAAAUGUUUAGAAUUACUUUAUAAACUAUUUUUCGGGUUGAGUAAUUCUAAAAUACUAAUCUUUUAAUCAAUUCUUAUAUUAGUAGGCUGA